AUGGAUUCCAGCCAGUAUGCCCCGAAAGGUCAGGCCAACAUUCCACCACUGCAACCAGUUGUUACGCAUGGCCAGUUGGUCUAUGUUCAAGGUCAUUCCCAUACGCCUGUCAAGAUUGACAUUCAUGGGACGAUCGACAAGGGGUUCUUUCUCUCUGAUGGUGAAUGGACCUGCUAUCGACGCAAUUACUUCUCCUGCAUCUGCUCAUACAGCCUGACCCCAAACGUGUCGGGAAUAGCAAUGCAAAGUCUCAACGGGAUAGCGAUGCAGUAUACGCCCAACGGCUCGGCCACUGCCUACGAUGUCUACGAGUUCGCCAUGACCAUCUCAGCUGUGGUCGCCGAAAGUGAUUCACACAAUAUUGAACUAGUCCAGCACACCCCCAAACGUGACAAGGGACCCAUUUCCCGACCAGACAGAGUGAAGCUCAGUCCAAAACAGCCGACGCCGACACCCCACCCCCUGGGCGGAAUGUAUACGGAUACGCAUCGCCUUGGUGCUGGAAGCUCUGCGGGCAGCCUGUACGGAGAGUACUCUCAAUCUCCAGGAGGUCACCCAACCGAGCACACUUUUGAGCGCAUUCAGUUCAAACAAGCAACAGCGAACAACGGCAAAAGACGGGCGGCACAGCAGUAUUAUCAUCUAGUAGUGGAACUAUACGCCAACGUCGGCGAACUUGGGAGGGGCGCUCCACACGAGUGGAUGAAGAUAGCACAACGGAAAUCAGCCAAAAUGAUCGUGCGAGGGCGCUCACCAGGUCACUAUCAGUCAGAAAGGAGGGGAAGUACCAGCAGCGGACCGGGCGGGUCAAGUGGCACUCUCGGCAGCUAUUCGGGAUCACAAGUGCCCGACUACGGCGGCGGAUCGUCGAUGCUGGGCACCAGCUACGGUGGCAGUGGUUAUGACCCACGGUCAACUCAUCACUAUGGAAAUUCACGCCACCACGACCUACACAUGGAUCAGGUCAUGUCACCUGAGGAGGCCAAGGUCAUCGACAAUACGAAGGAAUACCAAUACUACCCAACGCCUAUCUACGAAGGCACCGACAUUAGAGAGGGCAUUCCCAUGUUCUCUCCCCGUAACGACCAAGAUUCAGUAAUCCCCUCGCUUUCCCGAAGUGCUGACCCACCAGCAUCCUCCAGGCUCAAACAUGAGCAUGAGCCGAGUCUCCCCAGUAUAUUUUAUCAUCCCGGGCCGGCUUAUUAUGGACAAGGCUGCAGUCGGUUUGAGGGCAAGUCAAGCUCGGCAGGGUACUACCCAAUCCCCCAGUCGACUUGA